AUGGGACGCCGCACACUGAUCAAGCAAACGUUGCGAGGCGCCUCGCAACGCCUUGAAACAUUUGAGCAGUUGCUAGACGAAUGGAUCCCAUACAGCACGAUGUUUGAUGUGACCCAUGAGGACGUGUUGUUCCAUUUUGGAGGGAGAGAGAAGCAGACAGUGACAGUGAUGGUGGAUCCAGGACAGAUAGUCAGUCAACUUGUGCUGUGUGAGACGCCUCCCAUCUUUGCCCAUCUUCAACAUCCAGAUACCACAAUUCCUGUAGAGGGUACAGUAGAGUUUCUUCUGGCCACUACUGACUUGUACCCGCUGAACCCAGUUGCACCUGUGACGUUGGUUGCGACUCUCAGGCCAAACUUCUUCGGUGCUCCAGCCACCCUGGCCGUACCCUCUGACUUGCCUCUGUACAACGGCAGUGAUCAGACAGUAGUUUUCAGAACUACUGCUACGGGUUACACUGUGCAACCUUCCUGGUUCAACAUCCCGCCCAACCAGACUUUGGUUGUGCAUGUUGAUAUUGAUGACAUAAACCCCAUAAGAUGUGGUAACCUAAAUCUCCAUACCAUCUUCCCGAAGGAAGAGAGAUUCAAGAUCGAACUUGAAAAAGUAACAAGUCUGGACUCCCUGGAAGAAGGGGCACCUGUCGCAGCUGAGCCGACCCCAUCCACCAGCUCAGGGUCUGGUACACCUGGUCCGGUGUCUCGCGUCUCUCUUGGCGACAGCAAAGAUCUGUCGUUAGAUCCACUUGCUUACCCUCUUAUGUUCCCGACCGGAGACUUGGGUUGGGAACCCUAA